ACAAAACUUUAUAUAACCACACCAUCAUCUAAUCAUCCCAUUCUUCCCUUACAACCUCUCUUCACACCAUCCCCUCAUUUCAUCAAUCUCUCUCCCUUUCUCUCUCUAACUUGAUGGGUCUUAAUAAUCAAGAUGCUGGAAAUAACAACUCAAACCUUCAACUUAUUCUAGGCUUAGCUCUUACUCUCACCAAACAAGACACACCACCAUCCAACAACAACCUUACAAAACCUUAUUCAUCAAGCAACAACAACUAUGAAGCUGAACCAUCUCUAACGUUGGGUUUAUCUAGUUACUACGAAGAACAUGUUGAUUUUUCUGCACAAACAAACUCACCUCUCCAUAGCGUUGUUUCGUCUUUCUCUAGUGGGAGAGUGAAAAGAGAAAGAGAUGUUAGCAGUGAAGAAAUCGAAGUAACGGAGAUAGAAAGAGUUUCUUCGAGAAUUAGCGAUGAAGAAGAAGACGGUGCCACCGCAACUAGGAAGAAACUUAGACUUACCAAAGAUCAAUCUGCCAUGCUUGAAGAAAGCUUCAAACAACACAGCACUCUCAAUCCUAAACAGAAGCAAGCCUUAGCCCGAGAGUUAAAUCUAACAGCUCGACAAGUUGAGGUCUGGUUUCAGAACCGCAGAGCCAGAACAAAGCUGAAGCAAACUGAGGUGGAUUGUGAAUUCUUGAAGAAAUGUUGUGAAACAUUAACAGAUGAAAACAGAAGGUUACAAAAAGAGGUUCAAGAAUUAAAGGCACUGAAGCAAGCACAACCUUUAUAUAUGCCUAUGCCUGCUGCAACUCUUACUAUGUGCCCUUCAUGUGAGAGGCUUGGUGGUGGUGUUAAUGGUGGUGCUUCCAAUAAGAGCAAUUUUUCAAUGGCUCCUAAACCUCACUUUUACAAUCCUUUCACAAAUUCUUCUGCAGCAUGUUGAUUUGUUACUAUGAAAAGGGUUAAAAGAUAGAAGAAGAAAAAAGAUGAAAACAACAAGAGUACUUUCCUACACAACCUUUGUAUUUUUUGGUUGAGGGGAAAUGUUUGGGAACUACAGCUAGCUUCUGAAAGGGUUAAAGGGUGUAAUUAGUUAAUUAAUACUGUAGAAAUUAGUAUUUAGUAAUUGAUUAUCAAUAUUACUUUUUCUUUUUUUUACUUUUUUUCUUUUUUUAUUUUUCUUUAUUAUAUAUGUUUGUAAAUUUUUAUAAUAGACAUCAUCUAUAUAAAUGAACGUAUAACUAUUUUUUAUCA